AACGCUGGUGAGAGGUUUUGGGAACAUCACAGGGAGUAACUUUAAACUUCACCUUAUCGUUGAGAAUCUGGAGUAACUGUGUCAGAAGUACUGUACCUGCCAGUCUGGAUGGGCUCACAAAAUGGAAAACGGGGGACCUGGAGACCCGAGUUUGUUUGAGGUGGUUGGGGCUGGGCGAGGGGCGAGUCCAGGUCGGGUGGACGGGCUUGGACGAGACCUGGGCCUGAGUUUCCCCACGGGAGCUGGGGGCAGAAAGUGGCCAGAGCCCUGGAGGGUUCCGUCAGCAGGAGGUGGGCUGGGCAGAGGGCGGGGAAGUCUGCCCUUGCGUCCGCUGGAACUCAGUUAUGUUUUACUUGAAGUUCCUUUUAGACUCAACACCCGCUUACAUUUCGCUGUCAUUUAACAGCGUGACUAAGGAGAUUUGCUGCCUGUUUUGAUGGUAACUGUUUUGACCCAGCAGAACUUUUGUGCUGUGCCCCACACUCUUCCUCUUCCUCCAGCCCCGGAGGCCCCGGGCUCAGAACACUUCCCCAUUCUCACACCAAGCCCUGGGCAGCCUGCUGCCUGUAGCUGGUUCCUCACUCGUACAGACGCCCAGGGAGCGUGUGCAGGGUUAGCGGAAGGCCUUAAGUUCCCCAUAUUCUCUCACCUUGCCAGAUCAUGACAGCAAAGCAGAAUUUAACCACAGCCCAGCCGAAUUUGCAGGCUGUGUAGACACAGCAGUGUUGUGGGUUUGAGGGGCUGCUCUCCGCACGUGACUUAACACUCAGGGUUUUUAUUUUAUUAUAUUUUAAAAGGAUUUUAUUUACUGAGAGAGAGCGCAAGCCAGAAGGAGCAGAGGGAGAGGGAGAAGCAGGCUCCCCGCUGAGCAGGGAGCCAGACAUGGGGCUCGAUCCCAGGACCCUGGGAUCUUGACCUGAGCCGAAGGCAGACGCUUCACCGACGGAGCCCCCCGGGCGCCCUGUGACACUCAGGAUUUGUAAAUGGGGCUCCUGUGCCUCUGCUGUAUCUCACUUGUUCACCUCCGCGGAGAGGCGAGUGGUGUCUGAGCAGAGGAGUGGACUUUGCUGUUGGUUGUCUCCUGAACCGUGUGGGGCGGGAUCCUGGCCCUGGCGCCUCUCACCUCCACUGCCGGAAAUAAAGAAAGUGCCAACGUCCACGUUGCUCGGGCACGGGACUUCUCAGGCGUCUGAUUUCACCAGGAAGAAGAGGUUGUGGAGCCCCAGGGAGGGGCCCAUGCGGUCCGUGAUGGAGCAUCUAAGAACAUGCUCAGGGGCGCAGCUGGUCGCGGAGCUGGUCGCCGAGGCCUCGGGGUGUUGAGAGACUCCAGUGUGGGGCAGUUGCUGGCCCUCUGGUUGGCCAUGGAGCCGGUGGCAUGCAGGAGACCUGAGCGCUGGAUGUGCCCAGCAGGGUCCUCAGUGUGGCCCAGCAGCAGGAGGAUGUGGGCUCUGGUGACAAGAGUGCCGGGUUCAAGCGUUGGAGCGUCCCUCGUCAUCUGUACAGGCCUCCCGGAGCAGUACUACAGCCUUACCUGGUUCCUGAGCCCCAUCCUCGGCCUCGUGUUCACGCCCAUCAUCGGCUCCGCCAGCGACCGCUGCACCCUGAGCUGGGGCCGCCGGCGGCCCUUCAUCCUCGCCCUGUGUGUCGGCGUGCUCUUCGGCGUGGCUCUCUUCCUCAACGGCUCUGCCAUCGGUCUGUCCCUCGGCGAUGUCCCCAACCGGCAGCCCAUUGGCAUCGUCCUCACAGUGCUGGGGGUGGUCAUCCUGGAUUUCAGUGCCGAUGCGACCGAGGGCCCCAUCCGGGCCUACCUGCUGGAUGUGGUGGACAGCGAGGAGCAGGACAUGGCCCUUAACAUCCAUGCCUUCUCUGCAGGCCUCGGCGGGGCUAUCGGCUACGUGCUGGGGGGGCUGGACUGGACCCAGACCUUCUUGGGCGCCUGGUUCCGGACACAGAACCAGGUGCUCUUCUUCUUUGCGGCCAUCAUCUUCGUGGUGUCGGUGGCCCUGCACCUGUUCAGCAUCGAGGAGGAGCAGUACAGCCCCCAGCAGGAGCGGGCCGGGGAGGCGGCCGACGCCCUGCCCCCCACCGCCCGCGGGAACGUUCUGGAUGGUGGCGUCACCUUGUUCCCGGAGCACGAGCUCACGCUGGACUGCCUGAGCGUGGACAUGGUGCGCAGCAAGAGCGACUCCGUGUUGCACGUGCCCGACGCCGCCCUGGACCUGGAGCCCGAGCUGCCCUUCCUGCCCGACAUCGAACCCUCCAUCUUCCACGACGGCUCGUACCCCGGCACCCCCUGCAGUACCAGCCAGGAGCUCACCAGAGCCAGGCCGCCCCGCCUGGCCUCACUGCUCAGGGAAACCGCGAAAGAGGACGAGACGCUGCUCGAUAAUCACUUGAACGAAGCCAAAGUCCCCAACGGAAGUGGCUCUCCCCCGAAAGACGGCCCCGUCGGCUACACCAGGGUAGACGUGAAGCCCUCCGCCGCGUCCGGCUCCAUGAGGCGGCGAAGGCACAUGUUCCGCCGGCAGGCCUCCAGCACCUUCUCCUACUACGGCAAGAUCGGGUCCCACCGCUACCGCUACCGGCGGGCCAACGCCGUGGUCCUCAUCAAGCCCUCGCGCAGCAUGAGCGACCUGUACGAGCUGCAGAAGCGGCAGCGGCAGCGCUGUCGGCACCGCAACCAGAGCGGGGCCACCACCUCGAGCGGGGACACGGAGAGCGAGGAGGGCGAGAGCGAGACCAGCGUGCGGCUGCUCUGGCUGUCCAUGCUGAAGAUGCCCAAGGAGCUGACGCGGCUCUGCCUCUGCCACCUGCUCACCUGGUUCUCCGUCAUCGCCGAGGCCGUCUUCUACACCGACUUCAUGGGCCAGGUCAUCUUUGAAGGGGACCCCAAGGCCCCCUCCAACUCGACUGCCUGGCAGGCCUACAACGCUGGCGUGAAGAUGGGCUGCUGGGGCCUGGUUAUUUACGCGGCCACCGGUGCCAUUUGCUCAGCCCUGUUGCAGAAGUACUUGGACAACUACGACCUGAGCAUCAGGGCCAUCUACGUGCUGGGGACGCUGGGCUUCUCCAUCGGCACGGCCGUCAUGGCCAUGUUUGCCAACGUCUAUGUCGCCAUGGUCAUGAUCAGCACCAUGGGCAUAGUCUCCAUGAGCAUCUCCUACUGCCCCUACGCCCUGCUCGGGCAAUACCAUGACAUCAAGGAGUAUGUCCACCACAGCCCUGGGAACUCCAAGCGUGGCUUUGGCAUAGACUGCGCCAUCCUGUCCUGCCAGGUGUACAUCUCCCAGAUCCUGGUAGCGUCUGGCCUCGGGGGCGUGGUUGACGCCGUUGGGACCGUGCGCGUCAUCCCCAUGGUGGCCUCCGUGGGCUCUUUCUUGGGCUUCCUGACAGCCACAUUCCUGGUAAUCUACCCAGAGGUGUCGGAAGAGGCCAAGGAGGAGCAGAAAGGCCUGUCUUCCCAGCCGUCAGGUGACGGUGGGGACGGCAGCCAGAAGCCCACCAUCCUGACGCUGUCCCAGAAGGAGGGCCUGCAGGGGCUGGUGGAGACGGAGUCCAUGGUAUAUUAUUCUGCAUGUUUUUAAAUUAUAAGCCAGAUUUACAGUAGACGCAAGCAGUUUAGAGAAAAAUACGAUUUCAUUUCCGAGGUUAUAACCGAAAUCAGAAGUACGUACUGCCCUUCGCUGCCUGCUGUCCGAGCCCUUCAGGCGGCGGCCGUAGCCAGUGACUGAGCCUCCCUGCACCUUGUGGGACACCUGCAGGCACGUGCUGUCGGGCCUCACGUUUUGUUGGUGCUGUGUUAUCAGAGAGUAUUUUUAUCAUUAUUUUAGAAAAAAAAAUUUUUUCUUUCAAAACUGGUUUUCUUAGAAGAAACAGCGUUUCUUCUUUUCCUCAGAGAUUCUGACAGAUGGCGCGUGGGGCAGGCCUGCCUCUGGGCAGCGGGAGGUGGCGGCCGCCCCCACCCAGCACCAAGAGGAGGCAGGGUCCCAGGGACGCCGUGGGCGGGAGCGGGUGAGCUGAGGGUG